UCAACAAAAAAAAAUUUAUUGACACAACCUGUCAUUUCCAAAUGUUAUUUUUUUUUUGUAUUUGUUUAAUAACUAAUUAAAUAUCCAUGCUACUCUUCACUAAUGAAUCUUCAAAUCAAAAAUGUUAUUUUUAUCAAUCUGUUACCAUCUCCAUUGUUCAAUAUUAAAACAACUAUACUUCUCAUCUAAAAACUUGUAGAGAAAAUCUCCACACAAAACAAUGGAAGACUAUUUCGACGAUUACGAAGAAGAAGAUCUCUACGAAGAUUAUGACUUUGACAAAAGACUACUCUUUCCAUUUAGUCGGCAAACACUUGAAGAAACAUUCAAAAACUGUGUCAUUCCUUCGUUAAGUCAAAUCACAUCAUACGCUGGCACUCUGAUCGGAUGGAAUCUUCUCUGUCGAUUAGCAUGGCUCAUUGCAAAAUGCGCCAACAUUCAACCAUGGGUUGACCAUAUAAUCUCAUUUGCAACUGGCUGCGGUGUACUCUACUACACAAUCGGUUUGGAUUUUCUUGUCGUAUUACUUUUCUGUCUAGUCUCUUAUGUUAUUUUAAAUAUUCUCGAAUACAGACAAUCUAAAAGUAUGGGUUACAUUUUAGGAACAAUUUGUAUUCUGGGAUUGUUUCUGUACGAAUUGCUAGCAGACAAUCCAACUGUCUGGCAUAAAAUUCGUGGAGUACAAAUGAUUGCCACAAUGAAAGUUAUUUCAUUGGCAUUCGAUAUGGAUGCUAAGAAGCAUGCUCGGACUCCAGCCUUAUUCCCUUUUUUGGGUUAUAUGCUUUGUCCAGCGAAUGCUGUUCUAGGUCCAUGGAUGGCUUAUGAUGAGUAUACUUUAAGCUUGGAACAAACUAGAAUAGAAUUUCGAUGGUUUGUCUGGACAGUGGCUAAUAGUCUGGCAGCGUUGGGUUUUCUUCUGUUAUCGAAUUGCUUUGUGGCUUUGUUAUGCACAGAUUAUGCCUCCAAAUGGAUGAUAGCAUUCCGAGAUGCUUUAUCAUUUAGAUGCAGUCAUUAUUUUAUUUCGUUCCUCUCUCAGGCUACAAUGGCAGCUGCUGGUGUUCAGAGUUACCAGAGUCUUAAUGAUAAAUCUAGAGUCUUUGGAAGCCUUGUUACAAAACCAUGUUCCAUCGAGUUACCCCGAUCGUUAACUGAAGUAGUUCGUAACUGGAACAUUCCAAUGCAUCGUUGGUUGAAGACUUAUGUGUUCCGCACUAUCAAGGACCGGAGUACACUUUUUGCCAUCAUUUGUACUUAUGUGGUGUCGUCACUUCUACAUGGAUUGCAUUUUCAAAUAUACGCUGUUCUACUAUCACUUGGCAUUUUCACCUUCAUUGAGUUCCAACUUCGAGCCAAAAUUGCGAAUAUAUUCAGUGCAUGCAUAUUGCCGAAUCCUUGUCGUCAUCGAGCGUGCUCGCAUGAGCACAAAUGGAAGUCUACAUUCAGCUUAAUCAUGAAUUCGGUAUUUGGAUUGUUGACUGUUAUGCAUUUGGCUUAUUUGGGUAUAAUGAUGGAGGGAACAAGUUCACCGAAUGCACAAGCUAAUCGAUUUUCUAUACAAACGGGACUUAAUAAAUGGAUGUCGUUGGAUUUUCUCAGUCAUUGGAUAUUUGUUUGCAGUUAUUUAUUUUAUUUAGUAGUCUAAAAGUGGUUUGGUCUUUGUGGAACAGAAUAAAACAAGUAUCGUUUGUGCCUAAUUAAGAGGCUUCAUAAUAAGACUUUUGUAACUAUUAUAAAGAUAGAAUAACUUUUGUA